UCGUUGUUGCUGUUGGCUGCUGGGUUCCCAUUGUCGAUGGCGAUAUAGUAGUCAAGUGUCCAGCACCGCUACCGUUUAGGGUUGCAGCGUUCCCGGCAACGACGGCUUGCCCCGACGCAUGUCCGGCCCGCGACAACAUGUCGUGGAAUACAAGGGGGUCGGUGAGCCUACGCUAAAAAAAAAAAAGCACUAAGAAAAGCUCGGGAGGGCACAGACACCAGUAGUUCCAACGCAGGUCGCAGGCAGACCGCGAGACGAGAACAAGGAACGAGAGAUAGAUGGACCCAGUAUUUAGGAGACUGGUAACAAGGGAAUAUGUUUUGUUCUCCUUUGGUAUCUCGAGAGGCUUUGUUUCCACGUAUAAUGUUGACAGGGCACAAAGAUGUUGACCUCUCCGAGUUCGCGGGGAACGUGGACACAGCGAGCGCAAUCCCGAAAGAAAGAAAGAACAAAAAAUAAAACAAAAAAGAAAAGAUAAUCCCUUUGUAGGCAGAAAGAGUCCCGUGGUGCUGAUUGACGCGAGAUGGAACUUUGUCCUGUAUGCGGUAUGGGCUGGCAGGCAAGUCGCCGAGCGUUGCAGAGUAGGAGUAGCAAUAACCCGUUGGCCGGCAAAACCAGCAAGGUGCUUCUACGCGGGGAUUCGAAGCAGGAGAAGAAAAAGAGAAUCCGCAACGAUACCACGGCUUUCGACAAAAUAACGAUAACAAUAACUAGAGAAACAAAAAAGGGCACACUGUAUUCCGGAAUGUACACAACAAAAAAGCAGGGCGUUGCUCGAUCAGGUGGAGGGGGGUUGGCCAAGGGACGGGGUUUGAGUGGACAAGCAAAUAGAAUUGAGAGAAGUCGUUGCGGCGCGCGGGGAUCGCUAAAAGUUGAAAUUCGCGAACGGAGCAGACAAUCCCGCAAACGUCUCGAGAGAGAGGGCGUGUUGCUGGAGGGAAACGAGAGCGAGAGAGACGAGUCGGAAUCACACUGAAUCAACGGGACAAGUUUUUUAACGAACGGCCUGAGGAGGCGGAGAAGAGCCAGUCGGCGAUUUGUUCCAAAAAAGAAAAAUAUAUAUCAUAUACAAUUGGUGGCAAGGGAGAGAGCGAACAAAGAAGAUCAAAUGGCUUGUAUAACUGGGGCCUUGGCUGAACCUUCAAAAUACAAUCUGGCCAGCUUGCCCAAGUACCUGGCCACGGAUGGGUGACCGGAGGGUCAAUAAGGAGCGAGUCACUUUUUGUAUCGAACCAACCGCGCGAUUUUAAAAAUGGCAGAAUGGACAAGGUGAACACAGCCCAACCAAAAACUCAUCCAACACACGGACAAGGCAGGAGCGAGCGGAGGUCCAAAGCUCCGACAAAGCCGAUCCUGAUCCCGGGUCCACUCAUCCAGGAGAAACCAACAACUUUAAUAAGGCAGACGAAAAAAAAUAGAAGGGUGUUGUAGAAAAGUCACAAUAUAAUCUCAUGCUGUAAACCAAGUCUCAAGUAUGAUUUGGUCUUGCGCAACCGUCCUCUGAGGAGGAGACUGUAAGAAGAAUGGACGAGAAGAAAU